GGAUUGAAAAGUGGAAGGUUUUGUCACUCUUUUGUGUCGUUUUACUGGCAUAGACAUGAAGAAACGCGGAAUAAAGCGUUCAAAGUGGCUCCGGGACUGAAUUGGUUCGCCUCCUGCUCUCACUCCACCUCACAGCAGCAGCAGCAGCACGUUUGGAAGCUGCGAUGGCCAAGUGGCUGAAAGACUACCUGAGCUUUGGCAGGAAGGUUCCUCCUCAGCCGCCCACUCCGGACUACACCGAGAGCGAGAUCCUCAAAGCUUAUCGGCUCCAGAGGGACCUCGACUUCGAAGAUCCCUACGAGGACUCAGAGAGCAGAUCCAGGGGGGAGUCUGGGACGUCCGACCCGGCCACGCCGGUUUACGGAUCCCCCAUGAAGUCGUCCAGCGUGGACAUGAAGUCUCCCAAACACAGACUGAUCAAAGUGGACUCCCAGGAGUUGGGGCGCACCAAGAUCCUCCUCAGUGCCAUCUCCUUAGAGGACCAGCAAGAGCCUGUGGUGCCGUCUGCUCCGCUGGCGGGGGACACGGAUUACUCGGACCCGUUUGACGCCCGACUGGACCACCGAACAGAACCGGACCUCAGGCCCGUUCCCUGUGAGAACAACGGCUACAUGGAGCCAUAUGAAGCCCAGAGGGUCAUAACAGAGCUGCAGCGUGGCACGGCAGGAGGACGCUCACGAGGAGGCGUGCAGCUCUAUGACACCCCCUACGAAGACGAGCGAGGCCAGAGAUCGGGUUUGAUGUACGGAGAAGCUCCGGAGGAGGGCAAGGAGAGCAGCAGGCUGCCGCAAGACGACGAGAGACCGGCCGACGAGUACGACCAGCCCUGGGAGUGGAAGAAGGACCACAUCUCCAAAGCCUUCGCAGAAAUGAGGGAGUUGUCGGAGUUGCCCUGGCCUGCCCCGGUGGGUCAGCUGGAGGAGGAGCCCCCCGCCAGAGAGCAAGUGCAGUUCGAUGGCGCAGAGUGGGACCGCUCCUCGUCGCCCACGGACCGGUUGCGUCCCCUGGGGCCCAGGUCCAGCCCGCUGGCGGGUGGCGGGAUGAAGUUUCGAAUGCCGCCCGAAGGCCUCGCGAUGGUGGGGGAGCGAGUGGACCCGACUCUGCCUCUGGAGAAGCAGGUGUGGUACCACGGCUCGCUGUCACGCUCGGAGGCCGAGUCACUGCUGACGCUGUGCAAAGAGUGCAGCUACCUGGUGAGGAACAGCCAGACCAACCGCUCCGACUACUCCCUGUCUCUCCGGAGCUGCCAGGGUUUCAUGCACAUGAAAUUCACUCAGUGUAAAGACGGCAAGUACAUCCUGGGACAGAACAGCCCGCCCUUUGACACCAUCCCAGAGGUCAUCCACUUCUACACCACACACAAACUCCCGAUCCGAGGCGCCGAGCACCUCUCCCUGCUGUUCCCGGUGCUGGUUCAGACUCUCUGACUGACCCGGGUGCUCCUUGCUGGACCUCCUGGACUUCAGACACUGAAAACAUGAAUGUUUGACGGGCUCUUCCCGGUGCUGUCUUCUUGUUUAGCUGGACUACUGUUGAGGGUCUUCACCCACCACUGCUGUCAUACAUGUGCCAAGUGUCUCUAACAUCCGGGGGAUCGAUUCUCAUGAAAUGCAAUACCUGAACUGUAGACACCUUUGCUGUGACUCCUCUCUCUCAUUCUCCUUCCUAAACCAAGGGGCUGACUUCAGGACAUCUAUAAUUCUCCAUUUGAUUGCAUUUUUCCCUCAGAAAUGCGGUGGAUGUAGGCAGAGCUGGAUCUGGGAGAAAGUCUGAAAUUUCUGAAUGUACUGGUCCCCCAGUUCGAAGCCGACUGGCAGAAGACUGGGAUUAAAUUAUUGCUGUUCCACAAAAGCACCGGGUAAAAAUAUUGCUGUUGCUAGGUGAGCACCUUGCCGGUCAUGGUCAGGGCUUUCCCAGCCUUUAGAAGACGUCGGAGCAACACCUGAACGGUUUCACGCAAAGCCGAAUAAACUGAAAAUUAAACCGAAAGUUCACCUCUCUGGAGGGAAAGGACCAUUUUCUGGCUUAAAUUUCCAGAGUUUGGAAGUCUGGUUUGUAGCCUGAAAGGUGGAGUCUGCAAUUCUACAGAAAGCUGGUGAUGUUUAGCUCGUUAGCAUUUUUAAAUAGCAUGAGACGGAUCCCCUCUGGUCAGAUGUUUGGACUGAAGUGUUGAGUGGAUCAAUCCCAGCUUUGUCUCCCAUUUACAGAACCAGCUCUGUGUGUGAACACAGAUGUGGCCAAAAUGACAAUCCUGAUUGUUUUAAUUAAUAUUUAGAUCACAAAUAAUUGUUACAGUUAUUAAUGAAUAAAUAUUAAUUAAUAAACCCAGCGCUGCUUUCACUUCCAUGUGGUGCUACAUUCAUGCUAAUGUUCAACUUUAUGCAACAAAAUACGACUUUAAAUAAGGUUCUUGUUUACAUGAGCUCAAUUAGGCAAAAUAUAAAUUAAAUUUUACGUGAGCAGCCUCACUUGCUCAACAUCUGCUACUCGACAGACAAUGCAAUUUACCAGUGGUCCCUGAACGCCUCGUACGCAGGCUACGGUCGAUGCUAGCGAGGCGGCUGUGCACAGAGAAGCUUCUGGUCUCCGAUCAGUUUCUGCAUCUCAGACUGAUGUUUGACCAACAAUGAUACUGAAAAGAGUGAAAUGAGGGGUUCUAAUGUCAGAUUUACUCCAAUAAAAAACAAUUGGUUUUAUUUAAAUGGACUGUUUUCUACGAGUGAAGCCGUUUCACAGUCGAUCACGUUCUGUAAUUGUGAGAAGCACCAGGUUUUAUGUUCUGACCAUGAGCAGAUGUUUACUGACGUGUGUCCUGGAUCAGAAUUGCAUACUCCACCUUUAACGCUGCUGCUUCGUGCUCGUGAGUUUCUCCAAAUUAAACAGGACUAACAGUUUAUGAUUAGCCCAGUUUGAUCUGCAGGAGGCUCUGAAGGCUCCUCAGUGUGUUUUGCUGCCGCAGAGGAAAUAGAUUGAUAACGAGCAGGGAGAAAAUCGGCUAUCGAAAAUGAUGAGCUCAAAAAACCAGCCCAAAAUGCUAAUGGCCCCUCCACCGGCAGCCCCGAGCCGCUCCGGCUGCCGAGGGAAAUCCCUGAUAUUGUGCUGAUUUUUCAUGUUUGUACCAGAAUCAAUAAAUUAAAUUGUACUGUAGAAGAUGGAGGAACCCGUUGGCGCCCUCAGGCUUGGGAAGACCCUUUUUGUAAAUGCUGGAAAAUUCACGCUACAGAAAACAAUGAUGUUCAUGUUGCAAAAAAAAAGAAGCUAUUUUCAAAGAUAUGAGGUUUUUACCGACAGCGGUUAUUUUUCAAACGCUUUUCUACACAAAGUCACACCGUUUGUUUCCAUCUGUUCUGUUCUUUGCUGUUUGCUGAGGAUUUGCUCGACUCAUCCCUGUGUUCCUUGUUGAUUGUGCAUCAUGAGCAACAAAGACGUCGUGUUGUGUUGGUCCUCGUAUCCACCUGUCUGACCUUCCUUUCUCAUCGCUCGCCGUUUUCUUAGACAAUGCCGGGUCUGUUGAAGCAAACCGCCGCUGCUGUUAUUAUCAGAGAUGAGCGUCAGGCUGCAUGUGAAGCAAAGAGGCUGAACACUCAAACAAACCCCCGAACUUUCUGAAUGUUAUUUGUCUGAUUGCAGAUUUUCUUUUGGCCAAAUCACUCCGUGCUGGUUAGUGAGCUGUCUUUGAGUUAGACGUUUGCCAUCUGGGGUGGUUUCCCUCGUCUGCUCGCAUUGUGCUGCUGAAAAGUGAUUUUAGGGAAGCGGCAACACAUUUCUGACCAUGGGAAGGGACAAAGCUCAUUUAAAUCGUUCUUUUCUUUAAUCCCAAAGUGGAAUAUGGCAGGUUGGACUAUUUACCUGCUGCCAAAGUGUUUAACGUUCAUGUAUAUUUUCAUAACGGUUCCCAACCCGAAGGAGGAUUAAAAAUAAUAAAAAAGGACAUUAUGAUGCACAA